UACACGAGAGAAGUGCGUCAAAUGGUCACUAGGUUUUCCUCUCCGGUUUUCCCGUUUGAGCGCUGUUAAAGUUAAAGUGUUUUGUGCCGCACAGCAGCGUGCUGUCAGUUUCUAAGCUUACGUCAUGCUUUACAUUCGUUCGGUUCCCAACUAGCCUACACGGACGGUGCACGACUAGCGGGUUUCCUCGAACUAAGCACCAGGUCAGGCCGGGUUAGUUGUCCCUUCCAGCACAAGCUUGCUCCAGAAUGGCUGAUGAUAAAAAGAAGCGGGUAUCCUAUUGGUACUUCGGUGGGCUGGCUAGUGCCGGAGCUGCUUGCUGUACCCAUCCGUUAGAUUUACUGAAAGUCACACUGCAAACUCAGCAGGAAGGUAAGAUAUCGCUUCUGCAACUGACCGGAAAGGUAAUUCGAACGCAAGGCGUUCUGGCUCUGUAUAAUGGCCUGUCAGCGUCGCUACUGCGCCAGCUGACCUAUUCCACUACUAGAUUUGGCAUCUAUGAAGUUGGUAAGCAGGCCAUGGGCAACGAUUCAGGGUUCCUUGGGAAGGCUGUACUGGCUGGGGCAGCUGGUGCUGCGGGUGGUUUCGUAGGAACCCCUGCGGAUAUGGUAAACGUGCGCAUGCAAAAUGAUAUUAAACUGCCAGUGGAUCAAAGGAGAAAUUACAAACAUGCCAUUGACGGUCUGUUCCGUGUCUUCCGGGAAGAAGGAUUUACGCGUUUAUUCUCCGGGGCCUCAACUGCGACAUCCCGUGCCGUAUUUAUGACUAUUGGGCAACUGUCUUUCUACGAUCUGGUUAAGGAUCUUUUACUUAACUCCGGCUACUUCGGUGACAACCUAACCACCCACUUCCUAUCGUCGCUGACAGCUGGUGCCAUUGCAACUACCAUGACGCAACCGUUAGAUGUUCUAAAGACGCGCGCUAUGAACGCCAAACCGGGCGAGUUUGCAAACGUUUGGGAGAUCGUCAAAUACACGGCUCGGCUGGGACCGCUGGGAUUCUUUAAGGGUUACGUGCCAGCUUUUGUUCGGCUGGGACCACACACUAUUCUCACAUUCGUAUUCCUUGAGCAGCUGCGCAUGAACUUGGGUUAUUUGAAGCCAGAGAAAAAGUAGUUUUAGUCACGACACUGAUUUUAUGGAGCUUGGUGGUGUAUUGUUGCGUUUUUGGUGUGGCGUGUAUUGUUUGCAGGGCAAAAUCAUGCUACGGGUCCGUGCAACGUUUCUGUGCAUUUCUGUCGUUUCUUAUCUGUCUACUAAAUGGAAUCGUAAGCCGAAGGCUAAAACUGAAAACUUAUAGAACUACUCUACAAGAGAUAUGAACGUGAAUCAACGAACCGGAACAUUCCACUGACGCUAGCCUCAUAGGUAUAAAUGUUUAAUUUUUAUCUUUUUUCUGUUUAUUGUGAAUUUCAAAGUCUAUAAUCUAUUGAAAAUACAGAAACCAAACACAUAUGAAA